AUGUUCUUGGCUGCGUAUGCUUCUCUGGGCCUCCGGCUGACCCAGUUUGAUUUCAACGAUGCCAUCAUCCGCGGCGUUCUCUUCGUGCCGCUCUUUACCAAGUUCUUGACGCAGAUGCAUCGGGACGCGCUGACAGCGAAUCCCGCUCCAAUUACUAAGUUCUUUGGCUCCAAGCCGAUGGCCACCCUCGGUUCCAUCGCCUUCCCGAUGUUCAUCCUGCAUGGCCCGAUUGGCCAGAUCUUCUACAAGAAGGUGCUCGCGAAAAAGUUGUGGGGCGGGCCAAUGUCCACGAGAUUCUUCCCGAUCUAUCUCGCCAUCUGCCUUGGCAUGAGCCACCUCACCAACGAAUACUUCGUGAAGAACAAGAAGGUGGGCGCCAUUGCCGGAAAGGUGGCCCAAGUUUUGGCGAGCUGGACUGAGGGCAUGCUGCGCGAUCGUGCGUAG